UGUAUCAUGGGAAAUGCAGUGCAAAAGAACAUUCUUCAUCGCAUAAAAGCAGCAAAGUAUUUUGCUGUCAUUCUAGAUUGCACACCAGAUAUUAGCCACCAAGAGCAAAUGUCCAUGACCAUUAGAUAUGUGUCCGAUGGUGCUUUCCCUAAUACACCAGCAGGUGUCUAUGAACAUUUUAUUACGUUUUUGGAUGUGAAGAGCAGCACUGGAGAAAACUUGUUCAAUGUGCUUAAGAAGGAACUUGAAACAUUGGGAUUGGACUUAAAUAAUAUUCGAGGCCAAGGCUAUGACAAUGGAGCAAACAUGAGAGGAAAAGAAUCAGGUGUUCAGGCUCGACUUUUACAAGAAAAUCCAAGAGCUUUUUUUACAUCAUGUGCUUGCCACAAUUACAAUCUGGUCCUAGGAGAUAUGGCCAAAACCUGUCCUGAUGCAAUGACUUUCUUUGGAACACUUCAGCGUCUUUAUGUUCUUUUUUCUGCAUCAACAAAGAGGUGGGCAGUUUUUCAAAAGCAUGUGACUGGUCUCUCUGUAAAGCCUCUCUGUGAAACAAGGUGGGAGUGUCGAAUGCAAAGUGUAAAGGCUGUCCGGUAUCAAGCUGGUAAUUUCUAUGAUGCACUUGUAGAAAUAGCAGAAACUUCGGAUGAUGCUCAGGCAAGAAGUGAAGCUGAAUCAUUAGCUCAUCAAAUCAAACAUUACAAGUUUCUUGUGUCAUUGGUUCUCUGGCAUGAUUUGUUAUUUCAAGUAAAUUUUGUUAGCAAAGAAUUGCAGAGCAAUACAGUAGAUCUUGCCACAGGUAUUGCCUCAUUUGAAAAGCUCUUAGACUGGCUGAAAAACUAUAGAGUGACUGGGUUUGAACAAGUCUUAGUUGGGGCAAAUGAACUCGCAAAUGAGUUGGAAGUAGCUCAGGAAUUUCAAAUACAAAGAUUGCGAAAAAGAAAAAGACACUUCAAUUACGAAUCUGCUGAUGAUUUGAUUACUGAUCCAAAGAAAGCUUACCAGGUGAACUGUUUUAACCAAGUAUUAGACAAAGCUAUGCAGUCUCUGGAGCCACGCUUUAAGCAGCUCAAAAAGCAUAUUGAUUUGUUUGGAUUCCUGAGUAAGUUUCAAGAAAUGUCAAAGGAAGAAUUAAAAAAACAUGCUGCAGCUUUGGAAAUUGCACUCACACAUGUCCAACUCAUUGAGGAGAAUAAACUUGUCAGAUCUGUAAAGUUAACCGAUUUAGAAGGUCAUAUGCUAGUUGAAGAAAUGGACACCCUAAAGCCAAUACUUCCAUCAUCACUCUUUGGAAAGCCGUUGAAAAUUCUUGAAUUCCUUUCCUUAAAUGAAAGAGCUACUGCAUUUCCAAAUUUUUUUAUUGCUCUGCGUAUAUUUUUGACAAUACCAGUAACAGUUGCAUCGGGGGAAAGGAGUUUUUCGAAACUAAAACUGAUAAAGACCUAUCUAAGGUCAAACAUGCUUCAAGAGAGACUCAACAGCCUUGCCUUAUUAUCUAUAGAAUGUGAAGAAGCAAAGAACUUGAACUUUGACAGUAUCUUAAAAGAAUUUGCAGAGCGAAAGGCAAGAAGGGUUUCUAUAUAAGUGCAGUUGUAUAAAAUUUUGGGAACCCCUUUUAAUUCUUUGGAGUUUU